UUCAUUUCAUUUGAUGAGGCCUUCUUUCGCUACACAUUUCUUCACUCUCUCUGUCUUUCUCGACCGUUCGACUCUUUCGACAUUUUCCGAGUUGACUCAGAUCCUAAGUUAAUUUUUCCAUUGGCAUCAACCGUGCUAAGUUCCUAUAUAGCAUGGAUCUUGAAGACACCAAGAUGGGCACUGUGAAUCCCCCUGAAAUGUCUUCUAAUCUUAUUUCAUCAGGAAAAGAUGAGAUAAUGGGUUCUGAGAAUCCUCCAGAAGUGUCUUUGAAUUCUCCGUCUUCAGCAAAAGAUGGUACGAUGGGCACUUCAAAUCCUACUGAAGUGUCUUCUAAUUCUCCACCUUCGGGAAAAGAUGAUAUGAUGGGCAUCGACAAACCUCUAUCAUCAGGAAAAGCUGAUAUGAGUGCUGAGAAUCCUCUUAGAGUAUCUUCUAAUUCUCCUGAAGAAUCUAGUAAACAAGAUUUGAGUGAAAAGAAUAUUCCUCAACCAUUGAAGGCAAAAUCUAGAAUUGUUAAGAAAUCUCAGGCAGGUAAACUUAAGGCCAAGAAGAACAGCAACAUGGGUGUGAAUCCUCCUGAAAUGUCCUCUAUUCCUCUGUCAUCAGGAAAAGAUGAGAUGAUGGACACUGAGAAUCCUCUUUUAUCAGGAAAAGAUGGUGUGAUGGAUACUGAAAAUACUCCUGAAGUGUCUUCUAAAUCUCCUUUAUCAGCAAAAAAGGGUAUGAUGGACACUGCAAAUCCUACUGAAGUGUCCUCUAAUCCCCUGCCUUCCGAAAAAAAUGAUAUGAUGAGCACUGAGAAUCCUCCAUCAUCAGGGAAAGAUGAUAUGGGUGUUGAGAAUCCUCUUGAAGUGUCUUCUAAUCCUCUUCCUUCAGCGAAAGAUAACAUGAUGGGCACUGAGAAUCCUCCGUCAUCAGGAAAAGAUGAUAUGGGUGCUGAGAAUCCUCUUGAAAUGUCUUCUAAUUCUCCAUCAUCAGGAAAAGAUGGUAUGAUCAGCACUGCAAAUCCCACUGAAGUGUUUUCUAAUCCUCCAUCAUCAAAAAAAGAUGAUAUGAUGGUCACUGAGAAUCUUCCUGAAGUGACUUCUGAUCGUCCAUCUUCUGGAAAAGAUGAUAGAAAGGAUACUGAUUCUCCUGCAGGAUCUAGUAAACCAGAGUUGACUGGCAACAAUGCUCCACAAUCAUUGAAGGCAAAAUCUAAAAUUGUUAAGAAAUCUCAGGCAGGAAAACUUAGGGCCAAGAAGAACAAUGGUUCUCAACAGAUUUGUGGGAAAAGAAGAAUUGUGACUUCAAAAAAUGUGGUGGACAAAGCUGAAUGCUGUCAUAAUGCAGAUGAGAGACAAAUUUCAGACAAUAGUGAGCUCAAGGAAACUAAUGAUGAACCACCUAAGGAGAAGAGUAAGGAGGCUGAAAAUAAAAGGAAAGAAAGUCAAAAUAGGAGUACUAGUGACAAAAGUCCCAAGGAAGAGUCAGAUGGUAACCAGCAGAAGGACACUGAUUCUCCUGAAGAAUCUAGUAAACCAGAGUUGAGUGACAAGAACACUCCUCAAUCAUUGAAAGCACAAUCUCAAAUUGUUAAGAAAUCUCAGGCUGGUAAACUUAAGGCCGAGAAGAACAACGUUUCUCUACAGAUUCGUGGGAAAAGAAAAGUUAGGACUUUCAAAAAAGUGGUGAACAGCACUGAAAGUUGUCAUAAUGCAAAUGUCAAACAAAUUUCAGACAAUAGCCAGGUGAAGGAAACUAAUGGCGAACCACCUAAGGGGAAGAGUCAGGAGGCUGAAAAUAAAGUGAAAGAAAGUCAAAAUGGGAGCACUAGUGACAAAAGUCCUAGGGAGAAGAGCCAGCAGGCUCAAACAACUAAGGCCAGUCAGUUGGAUAAGACUGAAAAAAAACUAAUGAGUAAAGAUAAGCAUAGGGAAUCAAAUAAGGGUUCUUCUAGGAGUAGAAAAACCAAAGAGAUGAGAAGUGACAUGGGUCAGUUAAAAGGCCAUAAAGGUGAAAAGCUUGGUGGUUUCAUCUUUAUGUGCAAUGCAAAGACGAAGCCUGAUUGUUUCCGCUAUCGUGUCAUGGGUGUUUCGGCUGGAAAAAAAGAUGAUGUUUUACAAAUCAAACCUGGGUUUAAGCUUUUUCUUUAUGAUUUUGAUCUGAAGCUACUGUAUGGUAUUUACAAGGCUUCAUCUUCUGGUGGCAUGAAGCUUGAACCCCGAGCUUUCAGUGGAAAAUUUCCUGCUCAGGUGCGGUUCAACAUAUCUUCUGAUUGUUUCCCACUACCUGAGAGCAUUUUCAAAAAAGCCAUCAAGGAUAAUUAUGAUGAAAAACACAAGUUCAGAACAGAACUUACCGUUAGACAAGUUAGGAGGCUCACUCAACUUUUUCGACCAGUUGGAAUUCAUUCAGCUGUUCACCCUGACCACACCCAGCCAAAAGUAAUAAUUCGAGAUAGGGAAUCUCCUGAUGGUAUUAGGGGAUCAAGGUCCCAUUUGCAAAGGGAAAGAUAUAAUGUGCAGUCUCUUGAUAGGGAUCAUCAAUUUGACCAGCGAGAGGAAAUUAGUCAUGAUCUGUUUCGAAGGGAGAACUACCGAGUGUAUGAUCUACAACGAGAUAGAAGGAAUGUGACUGUCACUUCUCAUGUUAAUCCAAUAUUGGAAUCUUAUGAGGGAGAUUAUGAACCCCGUCACCUGGACCGCAGCUACCUGGGUAAUGUCCCUGCUCGUGUAGAAAGUCGUCGAACUGAUCAUCUUAAUUUGAAUGACCGUAGGGAUCCAUACCACACCUAUCGUCGUGGUGCUUCUCCUAGGGAUGCAUAUUUGACACCUUUAAGCAGGGAAGAAAUCUCGCCAAACUCUUAUUUGGUUGGGGGAAGACCUUUUGUUGGCAUGGAUAAUAUGCCUAGGAGAGAGACUGUUCAACAUAGGCGUUACUCAAUAUAUUCUGCUGAUGAUGAUUUGUCUGGUUAUAAUCGAAUGCGGCCAUAUCAUGGAGAUGGUUUGGAAGCACGUACGGGGGCAUAUCAUGGAGAUGAUCUUGAAGCACGUGCACCAGUUUCAUCGCGAUACACUUUUUCUGGCCCUUCAUUUCGUCGUCGCUGACUUGAUAUGUAUUUUUGAAUCCCUAGACUUGUGUUCCUUACUACUAUCUUUCAAAUUGUGGUGACUGACUGGUAGAUAUUAAAAGACUAUGAAGUCUUAAGUACUUGAGCACUUCUGGAUUUGGAAAAGCAUUUCUGACUGGUGAGAUUUGAGUUCAUGCAGAUUACCAUUUGAAAACUUGUUGAUUAACAAUCCCGACACUGUUUAAUGAUUGCCAAUGGAACUUCAGAUGAGAGUCCAGUUUGAUAUAAAUUGAUUACCGGUGUGAAAUGGGGUUUUGUGGCUACUUACAGGAUGCUGCUUUAGUGAAUAGGAAGAUAGAUAAGCAUCGUUUCAGUUAAUGAAAAUAAAUGUUGCCGUAGUUUGUACUUGUAGGUUGGUAAUUUGGGGAAAUCAUAUACAAGAGCAAAGAAAUCCCUUGCAAACUUAUGCUAGCAAUUGGAUAGCUUCUGGUGUUACUGUAACUGCCUUACCUUGGAGGUUGAAGGGUUUAUGACUGCUCGUCAUUUUUAACA